UUGCUGCCGGGUCUAUGUUGCUGCUGCAUGCUGGCAGAACACUGAAGCGUGGCUUUAGCUGUGGACGUAGUUAGCACAUUAGAUAGCACGACGGUGUCUAUUUCACAAUUUAAACAUGCCUAAAGCAGAAGUGUUGAGAGUGGCGGUGCAGGAGCGUCUAGUAGCGGCUGCUGAAGAGAUAUUCGGGCUGUUUGAGAGAACCAUAGCAGAGUACGAGGAGGAACUGUUUCGUUCAAAGCAGAAGAACGAGCGGCAACGCAAACUCCUGGACGCUGUGUUAAAGCCUGAGCUUCGAUUAAACAGAGCAGUAUUAUCUGCAGAUUCACAGCAGGACCCAGAACCCCCGCACACUGGAGAGGAACAGGGGCGGCUCUGGAGAAGUCGGAAGGGCAAGCAUCUUCAAGGACCGGCCCCCAAGAAGAGGGAAGAUGAUGAAGAGUCCUCACACCUUCAUCAAAGGCCAAUUGGAGUGAACAAAAAGGCAAAGCCUCAAGCCAGCCGCUCAGCUCAACCAAUGGAAAUAGAGAGCGAUGCAGAGGAGCGCGGAGGCGAUCCAGAUAGUUCUUUACAACCAGCUAAUGAUGAGACUCCAGACCAUUCCGAUCAAGCUGACACUGUAAAAUUAAAGGAGACCCAGAAAGGUGUAGCAGACUUUUCUGAGCCUGAGGCUGCAAACAGUGAUGAUGACUGGAAGGAGUCAGGGAAACCUCGGUCAGAUUUAAAAACACGAAGAAACAAGGGCGUUCCUGAAGUUGGUAAAGGACGUAACAUUGGCAAGAAGUCUUUUAGCUGCUGUCAGUGUGGUAAAACCUUUAAAUCCAAGCACAGAAAAAGUCGUCCUGGACAGAAACCGUUUGUUUGCUCAGCUUGUGUUCAAAGAUCCAAACAGCUUGCACGUGUAGUCGCAGACAAGACCACUUGUUCAGGGCUGAAAAGCUUCAGAUGUUCAGACUGUAAGAAAGAGUUUAGCAAUAAAGGAGAUGCUGUGAGACAUAUCCGAAUUCACAACGGAGAGAAACCCUUCAGCUGCUCCAUUUGCGGUAAAGGAUUCACACAGAGCACAGGUUUGCGCGCACACAUGAGAAUCCACACAGGAGAGAAGCCGUACGGCUGCUCUCUGUGUCCCAAACGGUUCAACCGGAGCGGAAUUCUGUCUAGACACAUGAGAGUUCAUACGGGAGAGAAGCCUUACAGCUGCUCGCUGUGUAACACGAGAUUUACUCUGAGUCGGUCAUUGUUAAUACACAUGAGGAUCCAUACAGGAGAGAAACCUUUCAGCUGCUCAGUUUGUGAUAAAAAAUUUACACAGAAAGUACACCUGACACAACACAUGACGCUCCACACACAGGACACGCCCUUCAGUUGCCGUGCCUGUGGGAGAACAUUCACUAGACAGUCGCGUGUGAAAAACCAUAAGUGUGUUACUAAGAGCAGCAGCAGUUAAUAAAACCACGACUGAGAAAUGGCCCACCUUGAAUGUCUCACUGUCUGCCACAAAUUGGAUUAAGUGGUAAAUAAAUGUAAUUUACAGCUUAUUAUUUUUACUGUAAUGUGAUUAAUCAUAUUAAAUAAUCGUGAUGUCAACAUUGACCAAAAUAAUUGGGAUUAUCCCCACCCCCUCCCCCAUUAUAACUCCGCGCCACCCACUGGUCGACACAAAUCGUGUUAGUCGAGGACAGCCCUACCAAA